AUGUUGAAUUGUAGCAACAGGAGUACAGAGCCUAAACAAUGUGAAAACCUGGGAUGGGAAGACAAGGAAGAACACGUUGCUUUCGUUAAAGUUGGAGUCUUAGGGUUUAUCUUCGUCUUCGCCGCUUGUGGGAAUUUGAUUCUCUUGUACGCGCUUUGGAGGAAACGGAAAAGAAAUUCGCGUACACACCUGUUUCUUCUCCAUCUCUGCUUCGCGGACCUGGUGGUGGCGUUCUUUCAAGUCCUUCCUCAGCUCUCCAUGGAAAUAACUUACCGUUUCAAAGGCACCGACGUUGCUUGCAGAGCCGUGAAGUACCUUCAAGUCGUCGGGAUGUUCGCCUCAACUUACAUGAUAGUCGUAAUGACCGUCGACCGCUAUAAUGCUGUGUGCAGACCCAUGGUAUCGUUCUUUAGAGGUUCUUUCCGCAGAUAUAUUUCUAUAGGGGCGGCUUGGCUGAUAUCGCUAGCUUUCAGCACCCCGCAGCUGUUCAUAUUUUCUUUACAAGAAGUUGAUGAACACGAGUACGACUGUUGGGCAACAUUUAUCGAGCCGUGGGGUAGUAAGAUAUACAUAACUUGGAUCACUUUAGCGGUGUUUGUUCUCCCGGCUAUAAUUCUCAUAUUUUGUCAGAUCAAAAUAUGUUCGGGAAUUUAUUUUAAUAUGAAGAGGAAGGCAUUACAGUCAACAAACAACACCCGGGUGUUAAAUAAAGGAGUAUCAAGCUCCAUGCUGAAAACGGUUAAAAUGACAUUCGUUAUCAUUCUUGUGUACACGAUGUGCUGGAGCCCGUUUUUUGUUGUCCAGUUAUGGUCCGCGUGGAGUCCUCGUACCGCGCCAACCGAUGGUCCAACGUUUGUAAUCAUCAUGCUGUUGGCCAGUCUGAACAGCUGCACCAACCCCUGGAUCUACCUCAGCUUGACCAGCUCAAUUUCCAAGCAGGUCAAGCUAGCAUCACUGGAUUUUACAGCAGGGAGGUGGUGUCUGCAGAACGAGGUCAUAUUUUAG